CAAUGUCGAUAUCGCCGUGACGUUAAAUGUCAAACUUGCGUUCGAUGUUUUUGUUUGGCCGUCGCAAUAUUUUCGUAGGAUGACGCUUCGAGCAGCGACUAUAAUUCUCCUCGCGUUUUUCAGUACAGCGGCGUCCUACAGGAUCGAGUUAAAGUGCAACGAGAGCGUCGUGAAGGGGGCGUCCUUGCGAUGCGUAGCGUCCGUUUACGACGGCAAUUCGAUAUCCGACGCUACCUUUAGGUAUACGUGGAGGGACAACGCUCUACCCGACCACCGCGCCGAAUUUGAAUUUAAUGGUACCUGCCCCUGGAUCGUACACUAUCCGCCCAGCACUAAUCCUGGGUUGUACGUAGUUCGCGUAACAGUGUGUCGUUCUAUUAUCGGUUUAUUUUGUAAAUAUGUGGAUUCCGUCGGCACUUUCUUCAACAUUACUGAAACCCUAAACGGCAAAGUCACCCUCACCCAAGGUAACGUCACGCGGGACAUGUACGUGUCUAGUAACGGCACCACCUUGCAUAACGUUACGUUAAAUGAGGCCGACGCUCAAUUCGUGGCCGAAGCGCCCAAAGUAUUAUCUUAUUGGUUCGUCGAUUGCGUCUAUUAUGGCAUAGGCUACAAUUUAGAUUUUGCCUUCAAUUACACAAAGCCCGAUGUGGGGCACACGAUAGAGGCACUAGUCGAGGCGGAUUUUACACCCCCGCCGGUAACCACGACUCCCGCCACCACUACCACGUCCACUAUAAAACCCAACGUCACCUCCACCCCCACCAAAGCACCCAAUGGGACUGUGAUAAACCCGAAGGUAAAACGAAGCCUCGAGGAAUUGGUGCCCAAAAACGACACGACGGGCGUGAUAAUGGUCGGCGUCAAUGGUACUUUGGUGCCCUACAACGGGACCUUCCCUUACAUAUGCGGUAGCGCUAUGAUAGCUACCGAUUCGAACAAAACUUACGGGUACUUCAAGAGAGGCUUAACCGUCAAGGCACCCAUUUCGGGCCUGACGGUCAGCGGCAACAACUGGCUGCAACGGGGCGAACUGCUGAGCCUCAACGUCAAAUGCAGCGGCUCGCAAAAGAUGCUCUAUUGUCUACGCUACAUCCACGGCCUUUACAACGUGACGGGCAACGAGACCUGCGGUAAUGACUAUAUGGACCUGGACGAGUGCAAUUUUCCCAUUAAACGGUACCUGCCCAACACCAUGAAGCACACGGUACUCAUCAUCCUCAAGAAUGAUGUCAGCAAAGUGGUGACCCCGGUCACAGUCACGGUGUAUCAAGUAAAACCACAGGGCCAGCUGUCGAUUAUAGUGGUACCGGUCGCCUUCAGUUUGGUGGCGGUGGUGCUGAUUGUGUUCGGAGUAGCCUACUACUUCCAAAACAGGUCCAGGUUCGUCGUCGAAGUGGCCGAUUUCAAUUUCGGCCAGCAGUACGCGGACAUGGACUACAAAACGUUCAAAGAUCGUCUGAAAGAAUCGUUGGUGAACGCACUUACGCGAGACCCGAUGCCGUCGACGGCGGACGCACCGGGUUGGUCGCCCACUCACAAAUACGGCAGUAUGACAUAAUAAUAGGGGGAGUAAAAUGCUAGAGAUACGUCAAACGACUGCGACUAUGGAUGUGAUAAACAAAUUUAGAAGGUUCCAUUAUAAGUAGUUAGCUCUAGCUUAGUGUUUCACUGAAUUAGUGUCGGAGACGGUGGCGUCACCGUUGGGAACGUGUACAAAGCAAGACGAGAGUUUUUAUUUUACCAAGUAUUGAGUUUGUUUCGAAUCCUGGCCCUUAUACUUUUAUUUAUUAUAUUACUUAGUUGAAUUUGUUUGAUUGUAAGUUUUGAUUAUUAUCUUUACCAAUAAACACUGUAUUGUUA